GCGUCUGCGCGUCUCCAGAGCGCAGCAGUCCCGUUUUGCAAGCUUGUUGUCGAAACUUGCUUGUUUCGCGUUGCGUGAGGGUUUCCUCCCGCUGGUCCGGAGUCAGGAGACUGAGUUUGGUAUCACAGAAAAAUUCUGGCUUCAGGCAGAUAUGAGUGACUUCAGUGAAGAAUUGAUAAGACCCACGACAGAGGAUGAACAGGGGGAACCGCGUGUGCGCUCUGGUUCAGGAAUGUGUUUCCCUUGGCUCCAGAAACAUAUAGAAUCCAUAGCCUCUGGAGGAAAACAGGAGAAGGAUUUUGCUCAGACAACAAGCGCUUGUUUAAGUUUUAUCCAAGAAGCUCUGCUGAAGCAUCAGUGGCAGCGAGCUGCAGAAUACAUGCACAGUUACCUUCAGGUUUUGGAAGAUACAGAUAGCAACAAAAGGCAGGGUGCACCCGAGAUUAUUUGGAGGCUUGGAAGUGAAAUUCUUUAUUAUCAUCCCAAAAGCAACCUGGAGACUUUCAAUACCUUUGCCGACCGGAUGAAAAAUAUUGGCGUCACGAAUUACUUGAAGAUUUCCUUACAACAUGCAUUAUACCUUCUGCAUCAUGGAUUGCUUGAAGAUGCGAACAGAAUUCUCACCCAGGCAGAGACAUGGCGAUAUGGUGAAAAGUCUUCUUCCCAGGAAGUGUUAGUCAACCUUGUUCAGGCCUAUAAAGGGCUUUUGCAGUAUUAUUCUUGGUAUAAAAAGAAGAUGGAAUUGUCUCAACUCGAUAAAGAUGAUUAUGCUUACAACACAGCAUCCCAGAAUAUGCUUAACCGCAGCUGGAAGACAUCUAUAAACCUUUGCACAUUGAUUAAAAUUCCUGGAGUUUGGGACCCUUUUGUGAAGAGUUAUAUAGAGAUGCUGGAAUUCUACGGGGAUCAAGAUGGCGCCCGAGAGGUGCUUAACAAUUAUGCCUAUGAUGAAAAAUUCCCAUCAAAUCCAAACGCUCAUGUCUACUUAUACAACUUUCUAAAGAGAGAGAAGGCACCAAGAGAGAAACUGAUAAGUGUGCUUAAGAUUUUGUAUCAGAUUGUACCAUCUCAUAAGCUGAUGUUAGAAUUCCAUAGGUUACUGCGAAAAUCAGACAAGGAAGAACACCAUAAACUGGGAUUGGAGGUGUUAUUUGGAAUUUUAGAUUUUGCCGGAUGCACUAAAAAUAUAACUGCUUGGAAAUACCUGGCAAAAUAUCUCAAACAGACUCUAAUGGGGAGUCGUCUUGCCUGGGUUCAAGAAGAGUGGAACUCCAGGAAAAGCUGGUGGCCAAGCUUUCACUUCAGCUACUUUUGGGCAAAAAGCAAUUGGAAGGAUGAUAAAACCUUGGCUUGUGAGAAAGCUUUGGUAGCUGGGUUAUUGUUAGGAAAAGGUUGUAAAUAUUUUCGGUAUAUUUCAAAGCAAGAUCAUCAAGUGUUAAAGAAGAAAAUGAAGCAGAUGAAGAAAUCAGUGAAAAAAUACAGCAUUGUAAAUUGAGGACUCUGAUACUGAAUUUUAGUUACUUCAGAUGAGUAGCUACAGAGUAGUAAUUCAGUGAUAGUUUUAAGUGUAUUUUAUUUGGUAUUUUAAGGAAGUAGUUUAUUUGACUACAAAAAGUUUAUUUGUAUAUUCUUUUAUAUAUUUUUUUACUAUCAGUUAUAGCUAGAGGAAGAGUCUCAUUUGUUCUUUGUAAAUACAUUUUUCCCUUUUGUACUGUUAAAUGUAACAUUAAGGAAUAAUCUUCAAAUAAAAAUAUAUUUGUUUAAUCUGAGAAUAUAGCGCUACAACAGUUAUUGCAGUUUGCAGCUAAUUUGCCUCUGACAAUUGUGUAAUAAAACAUAACUUGUGGGACUAUUAAA